AUGUCGCCGGAGUUGAACAUCGAGGUCUGCCAGAGGGCAGUUGUUGAAUUGAGGAAUCAGGUCGAUUUAGCUACCCAGAGUAGAAACGCCGAUCAAAUGGCUUGCGCGAAAUCGAGAUUGCUUCAUUACCGGCAAAGAUUAUCACUGAUUCCAGUGGUCGCGAAUUUAGAGGAAACGCGUAGGGUCGUGUGCGAGCUUGUAGAGACGCUGCUAGCUCAGAUAGAGUGCGUGAACAGUGCAGUCAAUAUGGUGCUAAGUGAAACGGAAAACACUAGUCUUUCUACUAGUGUCCCGACCAUCCAGGCAGAGAACAGUAGCAGUAGGGAUGCCUGCGAUGCGUUGACGAUUCCACCGAGGCCACAAGCAGCCGGAAAUGAUGAAGGAGCACGAGCACGGAUGCAAGAAGCGGAUGUUGAGCCGUCUUCUCUUCCGUUCCAAGGAGGCAGACAAGGACAGAGGGACUCGGAGGAAGUAAUCAUCCGGAGGUCGGGUAGUUCGGCUGGUCUGGCUGCUGUGAACGUUCUGGACGAACUGCGGUUCGACAUUCAACAACGACAAAGGAGGCAGCAGCAGUUGAACGACAGCUUUACAAACCGAAGUGGUAGCAACUACGACAGGCGGAUGCAGAAGGCGAUUCACAAUUGGCCUUUCAAGUUCCGAGGCGAAAAGGACACCACGUCCCUCAACAUUUUCCUAGACCGAGUGGAGACAUUUGCCAGAUCAGAGGGAAUCGACGAUCAGACACUUCUGGCUUCCAUAAAGCACCUGUUGCUUGAAGACGCCCUAGACUGGUACUCCAGAGCACUUGCCCAACGUCGCCUGUAUUCCUGGCAAGCAUUUAAACAAGAAAUUCGACGUGAAUUCCUGCCUAGUGGAUACGCUCAGAUCCUGAGGUUAGAAGCCAGCUUUCGUUUUCAAGGUGCCAACGAAACGUUCGAUAAGUUCUUCCGUGACAUCUCUACACUAUUCCGCUUCAUCGAUCCACCACUUACGGAAGAGGAGAAGUUAUUCAUAGUCAAGAAAAAUAUGAACAUGGACUAUGCAACAAUAGUAACAGCCGCUCAGCCAAAGACACUGAUGGACCUGGUCAACGUCUGCAGCAACUUCGACGAAACAAGGCUAUUGCUGAACCAGCAGCGCAGAAUUCCAAUUCCGCACAACCACUUACUAGAACCGAACUUCGCAACACCAGCAACAACAAGUCGGUCGCAGCAACACCAGCAGCAGCGUUUCGGGAGAUUGCAAGCAGUGGAGGCGGACGAGCAGUUGUACGGAGCCACAUCAUACUCAGCACCAUCGCAUCGGCUUCCAAUACAACAGCCACGCUUCAACAGAGUACAUGCGGUGGAGAACGAGGCCCAGCAAGGUGCGGCUUCAACGUCAGCUAUCCAAACUGAAGCAGAUCUAGUGGAUCCAGAAGAAGCAAACGGUUUGCAAGGGGACUUCAACCAGCUGUACGAGCAAGUUUGUGCCAUGAAGCUUCAACUGGAGCGCAGAUCGAAUCGUUUCAAUACAGGACUACAGCAGCAACACUCUCUACAACGACCGGAACAGCGUCAACAAUCGCCCACAACUUCGGCAGGUCAGAACAAUUUGCACUAUCAACCACAGCUCCAGAACCAGCAGCUUCAGCAAGCAGGCAGCAACAUGUACGAUCUAGAUCCUGUUCAGCAUACAGCGUACCGCCCAGCGCUUUGCUGGAACUGCGAUGAGGAGGGGCAUAGGUUUCCGGAUUGCACGAAGGCACAGCGAAGCGGAAAACGCCGCAGCGAGGAGGUGGUAGAUGGAGGGCCAGAUUCUUCGCAACACAGCUAUCAACCUUCAAUACCUCCCGACUUACUAGACAUCAACUCUAUCAUUAUCAAUCCCGGACAUGACAAUCGUCCACACGCCGUUUUGGACGUUCUUGGAAAGAAAGUCACAGCUUUGUUGGACAGUGGUGCAAACUGUUCUUUGUUAGGUGGCAGUAAAGCACAGAUCGUAGAAGAGCUUGGACUGCGAAAAGAAGCACUGAACGGUGGGAUCAAGACAGCGGAUGGAACGCCACACCAGAUCAAUCACUUCACACGUCUGCCAAUAUCGUACAACAAUCGAAGCGAAAUUUUGCCGGUUCUACUCGUGCCUAGCUUGCCAGAUUGCGCUAUCAUGGGCAUGAACUUCUGGCAAACGUUUGGCGUCAAGGCAGUGUGCUUCUCGAUAAUGAACAAUGAAAUUGAACAAGAUGCAGAACCGAUGAAGGCGCUUUCACCAGAACAGCAAAAGCGACUAGACCAAGUGGUACGCAUAUUUCCGAAGGCAGAAGAUGGUAAGCUUGGCAGGACGCAGAUCUACGAACAUCAAAUCGACGUCGGAAAUGCGCCGCCAAGGAAGCAACGGUACUACCCAAUGUCACAGUACGUCCUAGCGGAAGUCAACAAGGAAGUCGACCGAAUGCUAUCCCUAGACGUGAUCGAAGAAGCAGUGUUCUCGCCGUGGAACAAUCCACUGGUAGCGGUUAAGAAGAAAGAUGGCAGAUACCGGGUAUGUUUAGACGCAAGACACCUGAACUCAAUCAUGGUGAACGAAGGUUAUCCGAUACCGCAGAUCUCCGCAAUCAUUAAUAACCUCGGAGGAUGCUCGUACAUAUCUUCAAUUGACUUGAAGGAUGCCUUCUGGCAAAUGCCGCUCCAACAAAAGUCACGACCCUUAACAGCAUUCACUGUACCAUCCCGUGGUCACUACCAAUUUAAGGUUGUUCCUUUUGGCAUCUGUACGGCAAGUCAAGGACUCGCAAGACUAAUGACACAUCUUUUCGCGGACAUGGAGCCAUUCGUCUUUCAUUAUUUGGACGACAUCAUUAUCUGCUCCAAAACGUUUGACGAGCACGUAGCAGUUCUUCAAGAAGUGGCAACCAGACUACGUCAGGCGAAUCUCACCAUUUCUCCGGAAAAAUCCAAGUUCUGUCGCCAACGCAUAAAAUAUUUGGGCUACGUUCUCAGUGAAGGAGGAUGGAGGGUCGACGAGGAAAAGGUGGAGAGCAUCGUCAAAUUUCCAGUUCCAAGUACACGAAAGGAAGUUCAAAGAUUCCUAGGCUUAUGUGGAUGGUAUCGACGCUUCAUUCCAGAGUUCUCACGAAUCGCUGCACCAAUCACGGAGCUCACGAAAGCCAAGAUCAAAUUUCGAUGGACAACAGCAGCAGAAGAAGCUUUUCUAAAACUCAAGUCAGCUCUAGUCACCGCGCCAGUACUUGCGAUGCCGGACUAUACAAAACCGUUCUCGAUAGCAUGCGACGCUAGUGACGUCGCGAUUGGUGCUGUAUUGACGCAGGACGUCGAGGGAGAAGAACACCCGAUCAGUUAUUUUUCCCAGAAGCUAUCUUCGUCGGAGCGAAAAUACACAGUUACAGAAAAAGAGUGCUUAGCAGUUAUUCGUGCGAUAGAAAAGUUUCGUGGGUAUAUAGAAGGGGUACGUUUCGUCGUCUACUGUGACCAUUCCGCCCUCAGCUACCUGAAAACUUUAAAGAACCCCACAGCUUUGAUGAGCAGAUGGCUUUUGAGACUCAACGCGUUCGACUUCGAAAUCAGGUACCGGAAGGGCAGCUGCAACACCGUACCAGAUGCGCUAUCCAGAGUAGUCUGUUCGCUAGUGUUUUCAAUAUCCGAGGAGAAUGAUCCAUGGUACAAGAACAUCGUCAAGCAGGUGGAAAGGAAAGGCGAUAAAUAUCCCGAUUUCCGUAUCGCGAACAACGAGCUCUACAAAAAUUGUCAUUGUAAGGAUGAGGCUGGUUUAAUCACGCAUCGAUGGAAGAAAGUUGUUCCGGAAAACCACCGAGCAGAACUCAUUCGUCGAUAUCACGACGCACCAUCAGCAGCGCAUCUAGGAUUCCAGAAGACGUGGCACAAACUACAGCAGCACUAUUACUGGCCGAAGAUGCAGGACAACGUCGCCCGUUACGUCAAAGCAUGCACUACGUGCAAGGCUAGUAAAGCGCCCAAUAUAAGAAUGAUGCCGCAGAUGGGGAAGCUCAAGCCAGCAAAGGUACCGUGGGAGUUAAUAUCCAUUGACUUCGUCGGGCCGCUCACCAGAUCUAAGAAGGGCAACACAGUUCUUCUGGUCAUCGUCGAUUGGAUCACCAAAUACGUCAUUGCUCACCCGAUGCGAGCAGCCGAUUCGAGCAAGAUGGUCGAGUUUUUGGAAGAAAAGGUGUUCCUCAAGUUCUCCAGACCGAGGAUUAUUCUAUCAGAUAACGGCAAGCAGUUCGAGUCGCAGGUGUUUCGGGCGCUGCUAAGCCGUCACAACAUCAUCCACAUGAAGACCGCUUUCUACGCACCGCAGGUCAACAACGCCGAGCGAGUGAACAGAGUUCUUAUCACUUGUGUUCGAUCGUUGUUGGAGGAAGAUCAUCGAGAGUGGGACAAGAACCUGGCCGCCAUCACCGCAGCUAUCAACAGUGCGAAGCACGAAUCAACCGGAGUCAGCCCGCACUUCGCCAACUUCGGCAGGGAACUUCUGUUGCACACGGACCUCUACACUCUGCAGGACUUGAACGUGUCGGACGAUCCAAAGGUCGCGCAGGAGAUGCGGCUAUCCACGAUCAACAGGAUUCACAAAUUCAUCCAACAGCGGAUCAAGAAGACCCACGAGAAGACAAAGAAGCGCUACGAUCUACAAAAGCGGACUGUGUCCUUUCAACCGGGCGAGCUAGUAUGGCGCCGCUCGUUUGUUCUUUCUUCGAAGGCGGACCAUAUCAACAAGAAACUGGACCCCAAAUUUAUUCCAGCUAUCGUUAAAGAAAAGCUGGGAGCCAAUCUCUACACUCUGGAGGAUGUCGUGACCGGAAAGCGAGGUCGCUACCACGUGAAGGACAUCAAACCAGACUAAGAUAUUCAAGCUAUGUAAGCAACAACGCUGACCACAAGCUCACGCGGAGCACAAAAUACGAAAUGGAGAAGGCUGAAGGACCAACAUCGUCUUUGAAACCUCGCCCCCAACAACUCGGAGUAAAUUAUGCAGAACUCUUCCAUUCGAACAACUCAAUGAAGCACAGCUGAUGCUAAUUCGUCGCUAGGAUACCGACGAACACAACGAAGUAGGCGUUUAUGAAGGAGACAACGGCCUUGCGCGAGACCAGCGUCGGCUGAAAGGACUCUGAGAACUCUGCCAGGAAGUUCGUCAGAACUUGGAGAGGGCUGGCAACCUUGCGUGGGAUUGCCGCCACUCAUUGUCCAGAAUGCAAUCCUGUCAUCUUGAAGCAGCGUAGCAGCGCAGGGGAUAGUAGCACUGGUGAGCCACCGUAGCCAGGCGCUAUACACCAUCGCAGAGAACCCAUCCAGGUUCGGGAUAUUGGAAUGUUCGGAAAGUCAAGUACAGCAGCUCCAAACACCACGUCGCUGCAAUUGAAAGGAUUGUCAGGACAUCAAGAAGAGGAUUCAGCACCAUAGAAUACAGUUAAGCGAAGAAGUUGUGAGGAGUAGACAUCAUGACGGCCGCUACUACCAUAUCGACUCUCUCUCGCUAACUGUCAAAAGCCACACGCCAAUAAUCUAGCUAUGACCGCUACCCAAGGUAGUCAACAAGAGCCUCCCGAGGUGAAAACACGCCAGUCGUUACUACUACAACUAGGAGAUCAUCCACCAACCCUAUCAAUCUCCAAAUCAAUACAAGACCUCCAGCUAUGACCACAGCCAACGCCUGUCAACCAAGCGCAACAGCGCAGGAAAUACCGUUAGGCCGAUCGGGAAAAAUCGUGCAUCUGGAAAACGCAGCGAGCAAUAUCUCUCAUCUACCUCCUCGAGAGUACAGUAACAAGUCCAGCUAUGUCCGCUACUCAAGGUAACCAACAAGACCAUCGCCGAUGUAAAAAUACGUCCAUCGUCAAAUCCACAACUAUCUGCCAUGCUCGACGACUCCGGAAGAAGGCCCCGUCUGAGGGAGCUCAUUCGCAGCAGCAGCAAUAUCCGAUUUUGUCCCGCAAACACGAACCCUGCUUAUUCAGCACAGUAUCAACAGGACGAAUCAGGACAACGCCCAGGGUAGCUUGAAAGAGGUUGCAAGAUUCCUGCUGACUUUCUCCUAGUCCGGAGGACCAUAGCUGACCAGGCUUCCCAGAAAUAAGAAAACCGAACAAGUACAUCUACAAGGAACUCCCGAUUAAGACCUCCCGAUUAAGACUACCCGAUCAAGACUACCCGAUCAAGACUACCAGAUCAAGACCAUCUUCAAUCAACCAUGACAACUCCCGAUUAAGACUUCCCGAUCAAGACUAUCUUCAACCAACCAUGUCAACUCCCGAUUACGACUUCCCGAUCAAGACUAUCUUUAACCAACCAUGUCAACUCCCGAUUACGACUUCCCGAUCUAGACGAAAUUCUCAAAAGUUAUCUACCAACUUUGUCAACACCACAAGCUAUGAGAACACCAUCUACCACGGUCCACACCCCAAAAUACGCGCAGCGGAACCACAAAUUACCCUCGCCUGAAAUGGUGUCGACAGUUCAACUGUCCGAUUCAGACUUGACCACAAAUCACCAACCUCACAAAAUGAUACAUAAUGGAUCAUGCACAGUUGUCAAGGGGGUUGCCAAGGAAAUAUCAAAAGGAACGCGAUCUGGAGGCGCGGUAUAACCUCUAUUCCGGGCCCUUGGUAAUUAAGAGGAUUAAAUCCCUCUUUUCCUUAGACUUCUGUUGCUUUUAGUAUAAACCAGUUAAGUUCCCACCUAAAUUUCGUUUGUUAAGUUCUAUUUGUAAGAUCUAGGUUAUUAUCUCUAUCAAUAACCAUUUGAUUUUGGAUUUUCGUAUGCUGCUGAGGUGGAUGUUAUUAAGUGGAUUGUUUUAAGGAUUCGAAGGAGUUUCUUUCUGCCAGAUAUACUGGUAAUUAUCGACACAUUUGCCAUAACUCGUUGGCUUAGAUUUGAUUUGGAUUUUGCCAAGACCCGUUGGCGUAGAGAUAUAGUUUAUUGUCUUUAGUUUUGAAGAAACUCACCACUGCAGGGUGACAUCAGUACGAGGUUUUCUCGACACAGCCGUCGAUUUUAAUAUCUCCUUCGAACUCCUAGUGGCGUGAUUAUGAAUUUUUCAUGGAUCCUUAUCAUGAUCCAUGAAAAAUUCUACCAAAGCAGCAAUGUUGUGUUGCAUUUAAGGUUAUAGCUAAGUUAUUUAUUAGUCAUAAAAUAUUUCACGAUACGAGCGAUUGGCAAACUAACACAUAAAAACCCAUCCCCACAUAGAGUAAAAUUAGCGUGUUGCUAUUAUGAAACCAAAAUCGGUUAAAAUCUGCCAAGCGUACAUUUUGAUGUUAAGAGCACCCAAAAAAGGGGAAAGUAAAUGCAGCGUGCAACAAGAGCUGUCAAACGGGCCACGCGGAACAGAUCCGCCAUCUCGUUCCAAGUACCGUCGUGAAUAGACGGAGAAAAGUGCCUUCAAAAUCGGGAAGUGGUGUAUUGCGUGCGAAAAAAAAAACCCGGUCUUACCAGCCGAAGAAGCCCGAGGAUCGAGUCCAGCAUCAGCACCAGCAGGAGCUGCUACGCUGCCAACAAAGGAAAACCCGGCCACGCCACGUGCAUUCUUUGCACGGAAUCCAGCCAGCAAAGCAUAGCGCAGCCCAUUGUGAGGAAGCUCGAUUCCCCGGUCAGGAGCUCAAGGAAGAGAAGGCAAGCGUCAGGAAAGGGUCGCAGAGGCGGCCCUUUUUCCCCCUUUUAUUCUUCAUAGUGCUGGAUUCCAAGGCGGUUUCGGGCACUGCUCCGGUGGCAUAAAUUCCGGCGCACAUCCCCAUUGGCCCGAGAGCCGACAGUCGAAGGAAAAAAUCAGCUGCCCCCUGGUAGUUCCCAGGAGGCGCCGCAGGCGUAGGGCAUUGGCACGCGAGCCGAACAACCCAGACGAAGAUCAGCAGCCCCCUGGUAGACCCCAGGAGGCGCCGUAGGCGAAGGGCCAGAAUUCAUGCAGUGCUGCCAAUCGGUACUCUGAAUCGCCGAGCAGCACCACAAUAACUCGGACGCCCGGAACUCUGCCGUGAAGAAAAGUGGAGGUCUUCCGGCAGAGAGGGUCCACGGCCGAGCAGCAGCAGCAGCAUCAAGGUGCCACCAAUCGGCUCCGGUCUUUGGACGGCCGAGUAGCAGCAGCGGCGCCAAGGUGCCACCAAUCGGCCCCAGGCUUAGGGCGGCCGAAACAGCAGCAGCGGCAUCAAGGUGCUACCAAUCGGCCCAAGGCUUAGGGCGGCCGAAACAGCAGCAGCGGCAUCAAGGUGCCACCUACCGGCCCCGGUCGUAGGGCGGCCAAAUAACAGAAUAGGCAAGAGGUGCCAUCCGAUCGGCGCUCUAUCAAAAGGCGGCGGACGCAUGCAGGGCAGGCGAGGUGCCGUACGAGAGGGAUCCAUUCGGCGAGAAUGCGAACAACCUCUCGUCCGACCGGUUCGAUAACACCGGAAUGAAGGCUGGCCAGGAACACAAUACCUGCGGUAGCUUACGAAACCACGCUACAGGAAGCCACCACCGACCAAAGACGGAAAUCUGUUCUCGAGAGUGACCCUACACAAUCCUCUUUCCCUCCCUCUUAGUUAAUCAAUUAACAGUUGAGUAGCCGCGACGAUUACGGCCCCCCUCUUACUAACACCACAUAAAAGUGAAAGUGAAUACUCGGCAAAAAAAAACUUUAUGAGUUAAAUGCCUUAAUAAAGCUACCUGUAAAUAAAAAAAAAAAUGACUGCCAAAAAAAAUUUAGAUAAAAAUGGUUUUUCAAAUCAAAACAAUGAUUUAAGCAAUGCGCAGAAUUUGACACCAUUUGUUUACUUAUGUUCCUAAUGCGCAGAAUGAAAACACCGGAG